AUUUAAACGCCGUACUCGUACAAAUUCAUCUGUGUCUAGUUGAACGCCUCUUCGGUUUUUGCGAUAUCAUAUCUGAACAAACGGAGAUGGAUAGUAGAUGGAGUCUUCGAGGAAUGACUGCUCUUGUGACCGGCGGAGGUCGAGGGAUCGGGCAUGCGAUAGUGGAGGAACUAGCCGGAUUCGGGGCAAGGAUCCACAUAUGCGACAAGUCCGAGGUUCAUCUCAACCAAAGUUUACGCGAAUGGAAAGAGAAAGGCUUUAAUGUCAGUGGUUCAGUCUGUGACGUAUCCUGUCGGCUACAGAGAGUGGAACUCAUGCAAACAGUCUCCUCUCUCUUUGAUGACAAACUCAACAUUCUCAUAAACAAUGCCGGAACAGGUGCGGUGAAGCCAACCGUAGAAUACACGGCCGAAGAUUUCUCGUUUCAGAUGGCGACAAACUUCGAGUCGGCUUUCCAUCUCUCCCAGCUAGCUCAUCCUCUCUUGAAAGCCUCUGGAUCUGGAAGCAUCGUUUUCAUAUCCUCAAUUACCGGAGUUGUAUCAAUUCCCGUAGGCUCCAUCUAUUCCGCAACAAAAGGAGCUUUGAACCAGUUGGCAAGAAACUUGGCGUGCGAGUGGGCGAGCGACAGUAUAAGGGCUAACGCUGUUGCUCCUAAUAUUGUCUUAACUCCUCUAGUACAAAGUGUUCUGAACGAGAAUAUCGUGGAGAAGUUGGAGUCGAGAACUCCGCUCGGCCGUGCUGGAGAGCCAAAGGAGAUCGCGGCAUUGGUGACGUUUCUGUGUCUUCCGGCAGCUUCUUACAUAACCGGUCAGACCAUUUGCGUGGACGGAGGUUUCACCGUCAAUGGCUUCUCUUACCAGCCUCAGACUUAAAAUCCCUCGGAAACUCUUACGAACUAUGUAUAACUUACGGUUCUAAGUACUCAAUAAUCAAUCGUGUGAUGCCUUAACGAUAUGUCGUAUUUUCUAUACAAAAGGCGAGUGUGUAUUUUGUUUCCAAUAUUAAUAUAUUUAUUAUAUGUAAACAAAUGAUUGGUUUUAUUAUUUA